UCCACAGAACAGGAUUCGUCUGCAACGCCUCAGUCAGUCGUCACCGCAAAAUGUUUACCAACGAUAUCACCCCGUGUUAGAAAAAUUGUUGAACCGUCGUCAACAGUCCAUGCGACAGCAACACCUCGGAAUAGGGCUAGCCGAUUGCUGGUUUUUGAUAGUCCUGAAGAGGUAGGUAACAUUGAGGAUGGCAAGGAAGGCGAAGCAACUAACAGUCAACAACAAUUAUCAUCAGCGAAAUUGUUCCAAGGUGAUGAUGUAGCGGUAAAAGCUAAGGAGCUGGCUGGUAUCGUCAAGAAUAAUUCCAAAUUUCGUGAGGCGCUCAAGGGAGGUCUUCAAGGAAAGACAGGUGAGGAGGUACGCGAUCGUCUGAAAAAAUUGGUUGCUUCGAAGGAUGCCUUGCAGAGCGUGAAGCAGAAACUGUCAGCUGAAAGAUUGAGCGCUUCCAAAGUUGUCUAUAAAUCGCCAAUAAAAAUUGCACCGAGUCAAAAACCGUCAACAUCUGCUAUUGGAACGUCAUCGUCAAAGACAGUUGUGGUGCCAGAUUUCGUCUUACCACUUCAAAAGCCGAAAACACCAUCGAAAUUCGGAACACCCAAUAAAUUGUUGCGUACACCAGUGAAAGAUGUUUACGAUAACGAUGACGAUUCUGAAGAGGCAUUGAGAAGUCCACUGAAGCAUGGUCGUGCCGCCUUGCUGGUAUCAGAGGUGAAGAACUGUGCCGCAUUGCCGCUACCAGUCAAAUAUGAACGUCUGUAUAAACUGUUCGGUCAUAUGGAAAGAGUGGUUUCGAUUUUGUAUCGGCAGGAUAGACGAAUAACGUUUGAUGAAGUUUCACGGAAUGUUCAAAAGAACAUCAAAUGUGACUUCACGCGACAUCAUUUCGCACAAAUCAUGAGCGUUUAUCCGAAAGCGUUCCAUGUUCGUCUCGAAGAGCAUUGGGCGCCGAUUGGCGGUACUCGUGGACAUGACACACGCUAUGAUUAUGUGAUCGAGCCGAAUUUUAAAGAUGAUAUAAUUGGAUUCAUGAGAGAAGAUGAGCAACUGAAGGCUGCUGAAGCAAGUAUUGCGCAGCCAGAGCAGCCUCGCUUUCCAUUAUCACCGUUUAAAUCGCCGCGUGGCAUACGUUGGGGAUUAUCACCACUCAAGAAAACACCAACAAAAAUUGUGCAACCGAGCAGCACCACGUCUGAUGCUGUGGAUAAAAAGCCAAAAAUGGAGGUUUGGCGAACAACUGUUCGCAGUUACAUCUUCAAAUAUCACCUACAGCAGCUGGUCAGAACGCAACAUAAGUCAUUUCUGGAUAAAAUUGGAGUGAAGUUGAAAGAUGAAGAAAUGAAUAGUUUACGAAGAUACCAUCCGGAUUUUAAGCUAGAUGAAGUGGACGAUAUACCUGAGGCGGAAUUGCCUGAGCCACCGAAAGGUGACGAAGCUGAACUGAAAACAAUGCGUGAUUAUAUGCGAACUGUAGAAGAUAGUAGCGGUAGUUUACCGAAGAGAAUACAGGAAAUGAUUGAUGAAUUGCGUAGUCCCGAGAAGCGUGCAGCUUUAGUGGCUGGAGCAAAGCUUGAAAUACCGUCAUCGUCCUCGCAGAAUGUUUCCACUGAACAGAAGCCGAAAAAAAUGAGUCUACUGGAAAGGAUUCGAGCAAAAGAGCAAGCCAAGAAAUGCGCCCAAAUGAUGCUCGAUCCGGAAAAAGAGAUACGGAAGGAUCGUUAUUAUGCAUUCAAGAAGGCGUCUACAAUGGAAGUGUCAGAGAUGGUCUCGAAACUUCUCUUUAGUGCUAACAAUUGUGCAAGGCGUUAG